UAUUUUCACAGUCUUACCUUUUAAUAAUUAUUUUUCUUUCCUACUCUCUCUAUUCUAUCUUCAUGCUUGGCAUAUAUUUUCCUGUUAAUAGUACUUUGUACCUUUGCUUUCUUUGUUUGAUCAAAUCAUCAAACCCCACACUCACCAAAUAAAGAUAAAUCAUCAAACAAGUGAACAACCCAUCUCUCUCUCUCCAUUGUUCCACGUUUAUGUUAAUUUUCACUCCCAAACACCACUUUUUCCCAGCAUUUUCUCGGAAAAUUUCCUUGCUAUUUUUACUGGGAAAAAGUGGAACCAUGAAUUUCUGAUUAAGGAACGUGUGUUACUGGCAUGACACCAGGCUUUUGAGGUACCAUCGAAGACCACUCUGCUUUUUCCACAAUGCAGAACGGAAUCUUGUCCUUUCGAGGUUCUUUCUAGCUCAUUUCAAAACUAAACGCAACUCUACCUAAACCCUAAUUUUGCUCCCAAAAAAAGUCAACCCAUUUUCCCAAAUCCAAUCAGUUUCAACUUUUUAUAGCUUUUCCAUUUUGGGUUUCAGAUAAAUGGGGUUCUUUGUAGUUCAUUUUGAAGGUUGAAAAUUCAAGAUCUGUUUUUUUGGGCCACGUCAUUGUGCACCAGGUGUUUGUUAAAAGUUCGAUAUGAUCCUUUUUUCUGUGUUUCUUUAGCUUCCAGCUGAAAUAAAAAGUGAGGGUUUCAGUAGAUUUUUUUGGGUAGUUUUGAUUGAUAAUUAGAGUUUUCAAAAGGGUGAGUGGUGAGGUUAAAAGAGAAGAAGAAAUUGGUAGGUGACUGUGUAUUUUGGUGGGUUGUGAAACCUAAAUUAGAAAGAUUUGUGUCAAUGUCAGCCUCAGGAGGUCCUAGAUUGAGGUCUAUGAAUGUUGCUGAUUCAGAAGCAAGGCCUGUGUUUGGUCCUGCUGGAAAUAAGACAGGUUCUUAUAGUUCUAGGAAAGAUUCUUCGAAGCCACUGAGGAAGACUGAUAAAUUGGGCAGGGAGGUUGAUUUGGCCAAAGAGAAAGAUGCUUCUCCUCAGUCACAUUCUCCCAGUGUAUCUUCAGUGCUGCGCCGACACGAGCAGUUGUUGCAUUCUAAUUUGUCUAUGAAUGCUUCGUGUUCUUCUGAUGCGUCCACCGACUCAUUUCAUAGCCGAGCGUCUACUGGAAGAUUGACUCGGUCUAAUAGCUAUGGUUUUACAAGGAAGCGAUCUGUGUCGAAGCCAAGAAGUGUUGUUUCUGAUGGUGUGUUGGAAUCUCCUCCUCCUGAUGGCGCACAAUCCAAGAAGAGGUGUGCUUGGAUCACUCCUAAUACUGAGCCAUAUUAUGCUACUUUCCACGAUGAAGAAUGGGGAGUUCCAGUACAUGAUGACAAGAAACUGUUUGAGCUUCUUGUUCUUUCAAGUGCCCUAUCUGAACUUUCUUGGCCAGCCAUUCUAAGCAAGAGACAUAUUUUUAGGGAAGUUUUUGCUGAUUUCGAUCCAGUUGCUGUCUCCAAAUUAAAUGAGAAGAAGAUGAUGACGCCUGGAACCACUGCAAGUUCCUUACUUCCUGACCAGAAAUUGCGUGGAAUAAUUGAGAAUGCACGCCAAGUAUCAAAGGUCAUAGAAGAGUUUGGGUCAUUCGACAAUUACAUUUGGAGUUUUGUGAACCACAAGCCUAUAGUUAGCAAAUUCCGUUAUCCUCGACAGGUUCCCGUUAAAACACCAAAAGCUGAAGUUAUUAGCAAAGACUUGGUGAGAAGAGGUUUCCGUGGCGUGGGUCCUACAGUCAUAUACUCCUUCAUGCAGGUUGUUGGGUUAACCAACGAUCACCUCAUCAGUUGCUUCAGAUUUCAGGAAUGUGUAGCUGCAGCAGAAGGGAAGGAGGAAAAUUCUAUCAAAGAUGAUGGUCAACAAAAGGCAUGUGAUAGUGUGAUGGAAUCUGAUCUUUCCAUUGCCAUUGAUAAUUUGAGUUUGUCAUCAGAAUGAAUCACAGUAAAUCUGGUAGAUCAAAUAGGUACUGCAUACUUAGCCUGAGGUUGAGUCAUAUUCGAGGAUAAUUUGUGUAUCGAUCUCAAAGAUGGGUUGAAUCAAUCAACUACAUGUUCUGUUGUAUGAAAGCUUUCUAGAGGGAAGCCUUAACAAAUUGGUGUAGAAUUUUUUGUACAGUAAAAAAUUAUAUCAGUGAUUAGAAAUUUCUUUUACUGAUUCCA